CUCUCCUUCAGAACCAGGGUAGGCUGUGUUUGUGCUUACCGGGGCCCUUCCUCCAGAUAUUGCUAUGCAAGCUCCUGUUUCUGCCCGCCGUUGAUUUUUGGACCGCAUCUUUAACUUCCCUCCCCACUAAUAUCGAACUUGCUUUCUUUCCCCUGGAGGUUGUUGUGUUCUUGAGUCGCGCUCACCGUUAGGGCCCGUCAUGUCCACCGGUCCCGCAUCUGACUCCAUCACAUCUGCUGCUCCCGAGAAGGCCCAUGAUGAUUCUUCAAAGCUGAGGACGUUCCUUUCCAUUCUUCGAAAAUUCGUUGGCGUGGCUGAUAUCGCUUCUGUCCGCUUUUCGUUGCCUGCGAAUCUGUUGGAACCGAUCCCGAACCUUGAAUACUGGAAUUAUUUGGAUCGGCCGGAGACAUUUGCAAGUAUUGGCAAGUCAGAUGACCCGCUGGGUCGUAUGCUGGAAGUGUUGAGGUUCUGGUUUACCAAAGACCUGGUAUACCUUGGUUAAGGUCUUUUCUUAACGAGUUGACUUUGCUGAAUAUGCGGCAGAAAUACAUCAAAGGCAAGCCAUGCAAACCGUAUAAUUCCACGCUUGGAGAAUUCUUCAGGUGUACCUGGGAGGUCGAAGACUCCA